AUGGUAAAUUCAGUUCCAAGUGCUUGGGAAAAGAUCAGGAAAAAAAAUGAGGUAAGCUGGUUUUAUCAUCAGAUGUGGACUAAAAAGUUGCAGUUCAAGAUUGCAUUUAUUUUGUGGAGAGUAUGGAAACAGAAGCUGCCAAUGGAUGAUGUUCUUGCAAGAAUGGGGAUAUCCAUAGUUUCUAUUUGUAGGUAUUGCUCACAACCACAACAAGAAACUUUGGAACAUAUAUUCCUGGCAGAAGACUAUGCAACAACAGUGUGGAAAGUUUUUACAGAUGCAGCUGAUAUUCAAGGACCUUUUGUGCAGGCAGCACCAACUAUCAGACUAUGGCAGCUUUGGAAGAGAAUGAACACAGUAGUGCAUGGGGGGACAAUGUCCAAGGCUAAGGUACUCUAUGAUAUCAACAUGAAUCUUGUGCAGUUGGCAAAACUGAAAUAUCCCUAG